CGCGCAUCCACUCCACCAUCGCUGUUCGACUUUUUGUGCCUUUCACUGCCAUUGCUACCCUUGCGCGCAUCCUUGACAACUAGACUCGAAGUCGUCGGCGCGCGCAUACCGUUUGCGCAUCCAGCUGCUGCCGACGCGCCGACGUAAACAACAACGCCGCCGACGCGUCCUCGUCUUCGCCCCGCGCAACCGUAGUCUCCACCAACCAUCGCCAUGUUUCUUCCCGAGGACCUUCUCUUCAAGUCGGGCCAGCUUGCUCGCGUCUGGCUCGCCGCCAACCAGCACAAGAAGCUCACCAAAGCGCAGGUGCUGCAGGACAAGAUCGAUGAAGACAUCCAGGUCAUCAUCCGGCCUGAGGGGGCGGCCGGCGGCCCUCUGGCACUGCGAUUGAAUGGGCAGCUGUUGCUUGGUGUAGUGCGCAUCUACCACAGGAAGGCGCACUACCUGCACGACGAUUGCAAUGACGCGCUGUGGAAGAUCAAGAUGGCUUUCCGCCCAGGAAACAUCGAUCUGCCCGCCCAGACACACGUCGCCAACCCUACAAGCUUGACACUGCCAGACAUGAUCACAGAUCUCGACCUUUUGGCGCCCAUGCCAGACCCCGCGCUGCUCUUGUCGCAAACGCUCGAUGGAGAUCUUACCUUUGGAAACACGACACUGCCGGAUUGGGACGCCAGCCAGUUCCUGUCUAACAGCGUUGAGCAAGCGCGCCACGAAGAGAUGGAACUGCAAGACAUGGAUGAUCUUGAGAUCGAUCUUGGUGAAGAUUUGGAGCCAGAAGUCGGACGCGACGCACCUUCUGAGCGACCCAUGGAAGAAGAAUUUGGCACCGAGUUAAAGCUGCGCGACGACGUCGACUUCGAUCUGGACGUUGGCGAAGAACUGACCGAAUUGGCACCUGGAGGUGGCACUGAACUCAACCUCGGUGGAGACACCGAGAUGGGUGGUAUGGGCGACAUCGAUCUGCCGCUUCCAUUGGCAUCUUCUCUAGCCGGUGAUGAGGCUCCACUGCUCACUCGCGAAGAGUCUCCGUUGUCCGAACUCGGUGAGGAAGAAGAGACUCGCCUGGCGCAGGAAGUCGCCGAGCAGGAUCCAACCCUGCUCGAGCCUGAGCAGGAGGAAGAAUCGCUCCACCAGGCCAGGGCCAAGCGCAGAAAGGUCAUUAUCCAGGAUGCCGAAACCAUGAUCUCAACUGCCCAGCUCAGGGAUCAGCAAGCGAACCGCGAUAGAAUCCUGAAGCAGGCAUCUUUCCUUCCACGCGAUCCGCUCCUGAUGGCGCUGCUUAACAUGCAGAGGUCGGGUGGCUUUGUUUCUAGCAUCCUUGGCGACGGCCGAAGUCAAGGCUGGGCUCCGGAGCUGAGGGGCAUUCUGUCAUUGGAAGUUGUCUCGCGCCCUAGUAAGCGUAAGCGAGACGGUACCGCUGCAGGCCUUGAACAGAGUGAGGAGGAGGCAGCCGCGGAGGCGGAGAAGACGCCACAACUGGAGUUCGAGCAGGACGAGCCAACAUUGGGAGGUGGUGACUUCGACCUUGGCGGCAAUACCACCAUUACUGGAGACGAGGACAUCAUUCACCUUCCCAGCGACAUCGGUACGCGACCGGAGGAGGAGGAAGAAGAAGGAGAAGAAGAAGAAGAAGCUUUCUCACCUGUUCCCGACAACUUUGACGACACAACCGCCCCGCUAUACCACCCAGCUGAGAGUGGUCCCAUCUCGCUAGGCACCAAGCACGCUGUCCACCUUCUGCGAGAACAAUUUGGACCUGAAGCAGAGGAGAGCGAGUCAAUACGACAGAAGAACACCAUCGUCUUCCAAGAGCUGCUUCCGGAGGCCCAGACGUCAAGAGCGGACGCUACCAAGAUGUUUUUCGAAGUCUUAGUUCUGGCCACAAAAGAUGCAAUCAAGGUCGAGCAGCCAGGCCCCGAGCUAGGAGGUCCGCUUCGCAUUCGCGCGAAGCGUGGCCUGUGGGGACAAUGGGCUGAGACCGCUGCCAGCGGUGAGCUGGCUUCUCAGAGUCAGGCUGAUGCGCAGACAACAGCAGUCGACGCACAUGCUGAAGGCAUUCUUGCUGGCCCAGCAGAGGUGUCUGUCUCCGCGUAAAAGUAGUUUGGCUCUUGGUUUGGCUCUUGGUUUGGUUUUGCUGGGUUAGCGACUUCAUUUGGUGGGAACUGGUAUUCAUAUGGCGGCGUUGGCCAGAUACCCUUGGUGUGUAUGGCUUUGCUUUUGUAUGAACAACUUCUGGGCAGGCGUACUGCGGCGUUUGUGUGGCUCAGUGUACGGACUCUAGUAGGAUAGCAAUAAACAAACACUCUAUAGCAAUGCGAAGCAUUUCAC